GGAAGAUCCCGAGGCCUGGAUCCUGACUCCUGCCUGAGCUGUAUCUGAAGACUUGAGUCGGUGGGUUUGUCGGUGUGGAACGGAGGUUUGCGGCCAGCAGAAGUCCACUUUUCCUGUCCAUUCAAGGGCAUUGCUGGGGGCCUGAAGAUUUGCACUGAGGCCUGUCAGUGAAGCAAGCGGCCUCAUGGACCCUCGAAGACGUGUAGGGAUUCACCGCGGGGGAUGCAUAAGCUGACGAGGUCUGAGCUCACAACGCCAUGGGGGACUGGAACCUGCUGGGAAAGCUUCUAGAAAAAGCCCAGGAGCACUCCACUGUGGUGGGGAAGGUGUGGCUCACUGUCCUGUUCAUCUUCCGCAUCCUGAUCCUUAGCGCCGCAACAGAGAAAGUGUGGGGCGACGAGCAGUCGGGCUUCACUUGCGACACCAAGCAGCCCGGUUGCGAGAAUGUCUGCUAUGACAUCACUUUCCCCAUCUCCCACGUCCGCUUUUGGGUGCUACAGAUCAUCUUUGUGUCCACACCAACGUUGAUCUACUUGGGACACAUCCUCCACCUGGUGCGGAUGGAGGAAAAGCAGAAAGAGAAGGAGAGGCACCAUGCACAUCAUUUAGAAAAGCAGGGCCUUAUUGUGGAAGGAAAGCACAAGAAGGCUCUGGUGAGGGACAACAAGGGACGAGUGCGUCUGCAGGGGGAGCUCUUGCGGACAUAUGUCUUUAAUGUGAUCUUUAAAACUCUGUUUGAGGUCGGCUUCAUUGUGGCUCAGUACCUCCUGUAUGGCUUUGAGCUGAGGCCCAUGUACACAUGUGACAGGCCACCCUGCCCCAAUGUUGUUAACUGCUACAUCUCACGCCCCACAGAGAAAACCAUUUUCAUCAUCUUCAUGCUGGGAGUGGCCAGCGUGUCUCUGUUCCUCAAUCUCAUCGAGAUCUACCACCUGGGCUUCACCAAGUGCCGCCAGGGCAUCACCUUCAGGAGAGGUGAGUCCCCUGAGAGUCUCCCCAAGGAGCCCAAGGAGCCCACGGUGCCGUACGCACCCAGCUUUGAAGAUUACUUCCACCAAGUCCAGCCGGCUUACCCGCCCGCCCCCAGCUACGACCUCUCUCCUCUGUCUGAUGGCACAGACUCGUCCUUCCACCCCUACCACAGCAAGGCGGCCUACAAGCAGAAUAAGGACAACUUGGCGGUGGAAAGGAGCAGCAGCAAGCCAGAGGAAUGUGACCUGAAAGGAAAGAAGGGAGCAGGAUCGGCCCCUGGGUCACCUACGCAGGCCAGGCCCGGUCGCAGUGCCAAACACAGCAACAACAAGACUAGAAUAGACGAUCUGCAGAUAUGAGGAGGUUUAUGUUUCUCUGAGGGUGUCUUAAAUUGCUGUGAGGGGAUCGUGUGUUGUUUGGAAGCAUUCUCACAUGCUGUACCGACGCCCCCCCUUUAAGAUGGCCCAGGUUUGACUCAUUCCAGCUUUGACGAGAGUGACAUUUAUAGGGCAGACGGGGAAGCAGCAGUUGUACAAUUAUGUGUAAAGACUGCUGUGGGUCAAUAAUCACAUUUGUAAUGAGUUUAGACUUCUGCAAUGAAGCUCUGCUCCAUUGAGAAGUGUCCCAGCUGGCUUUUAUUUAAAAAAAAACAAACGUAUUGGAUUAAACAUUAGACCAUAGCAUUAAUGGUAUACAGAACACCAUCUGUGGUAACACCAUAUUUUCAGUGAAUGUUGUGAAGAUAUUUUUUUUUUAAUCGAUUUAUGUAUGAAUUUAUCCACUACUAACUACUGUAACUGAGAACCUACCAAAUCAACAAAAAAUAGUCUGCUCAGGUUUUACAUGAAUGUGAAUGAACCCAAAAAAUGCACCUCCAGGUAUCAAGUUGCCCAAACUUUGGGAACAGAAUCCAGGGCAGAAACUUGCUCAGCGCUGGCCUGACCUCAUUUGAGGAUAUCAGAUAGGAGCGAAUAGUUAAAUUUAACUUCCUUUAACUGUUUUGAGGUCACCAUUUAGCAUAGUUCACUUGCUUAGACUUGAAGUGAGAAGUUGUGCAAUACCUGACAGCACAUUGGACACUGGAAAUACUGUAAUUCUAGGACGCGCCUCAAAAAGAAAUUGCACUGGUCUCAGGAGUUCAACACAUUUGUGCUGCCUCUUUUUUGUUGUGACAGCCAGCGAGCACAUAAUUAUAAGCACAUUGUUUUGUUUAUCUGUGUUUAUACUUGUGUUUGUGCCGUUUGUUUUCUGUAAAGCACUUGGUGACAACCAUAUUUGUA